AAGGCUCGCGGAGCUCAUCCAACGCUCCAGGUGUCCGGUUUAGGCUCGAGACCAGAACUGUUUGGAUUUAACAGUCUGUGGACCGCCGGAGUCUGAGAGUCCGGUGACCCGACUGUGAUCUAGUAUAAAGGCAGGGCCCAGACGAAGGGGCGGGGCGUAGGAGCCUCCCUGCCUGCCCUGCAAUGUGGCACGCACUGGUCCUGCUUUUGCUGCUCCCCUCUGUCUCGGUGCACCCUUCCACUGCAGCCCCGAUCCACGAUGCGGACGCCCAGGAGAGCUCCUCGGGUCUUCUAGGCCUCCAGAGCCUACUCCAAGGCUUCAUCCGGCUCUUCCUGAAAGAUGACCUGCUACAGGGCAUGGACAGUUUCUUCUCUGCCCCCAUGGACUUGCGGAGCCUCCCUAACAACUACCACCAAGAAGAGAACCAGGAGCACCGGCUGGGAACCAACACUCUCUCCAGCCACCUCCAGAUCGACAAGGUAACCGACAAUAAGACAGGAGAGGUACUGAUCUCCAAGAAGGUGGUGGCAUCCAUCAAGCCAGGAGAGGGAAGCUUGGAGGAUGACUGGAAGGUACCCAAGAUAGAGGAGAAGGAGGCCCUGGUGCCCGUCCCAAAGGCCAUGGACAGCUUCCACCUGGAACCCCAUCCCCGAGUGGCCUUCUGGAUCAUGAAGCUGCCACAGCGAAGGUCCCACCAGGAUAUCCAGGAGGGCAGCCGCUGGCUCAGCGAGAAGAGACAGCGCCUGCAGGCCAUCCGGGAUGGGCUCCGAGAAGGGACCCGAGAGGAUGUCCUUGAAGAGGGGACCCAGGGUUCCUCCCACUCCAAGCUGCCUGCCCGAAAGACCCACUUCCUGUACAUUCUCAGGCCCUCCCAGUAGCUAUAGGGGUGGGGACAGGGGAACACCUGCAUGUACCCCCCACCAGAUCCUAUCCCAAGCAUCAUAUGGAA